AUGUCUGAUGCCUUGGCCGCACACACAACGGCUCUCGAGUCACUGAACAGCGGACUGGAUGGUUGGGCUACCUCAGCACCAAAUAUUGUGGCUGCCAGCAUCAUGUGUUUAUUCUUGUCCGAGAUGAUCAUGCCCACGGGCCCAACCAGCGCCAUUGUUCAUGCAAAGGGAAUAGAGGACCUCAUGAAGCUUCAAAAACCUUGCUUCUACGCCUCGGGAAUCUCUCAUCAUCUCUUUGUGGGAUUCAGACCGGUCCUUGUUCUCCGGGCAUUCUUUUCCCGAAGGAAACACUUUCUCUCGGACCCUGCCUGGACCUCAAUUCCCUUUGAGUUUUACAUCCCAUCGCCUCUCCAGUCACUAUUCACAGAGGUCUUCCCUCUCGCCGAGGCACUGGGCAGAAUCGAUGAUUUGUCGGAUACCCCAGCCGACCAAGCCGUAGCAAGCGCGCAGCAGAUAGUCGAGGAAUUGCUGAACAUUCUCCAAACCCUCGCCCGCAGAGACGAAACUGUCAAGGAAGAAACUACAGCCCACCGGUGGCUUCCCAUCUUCCCAGUUCAGGAAGAUUUGCCAAUCCAGUUUCCCGACAUCAUCGCCGGAAACUUUUUCACACACCUCUGGGCAUUCCAAGUCAUCUGCGCCCAUAACAUAAUAAAACUAACGUCGAGAUUUCCAUGUCUCUCAACCUCCACCAAGAGGAGGGGCCUGGAUGACCUGUUGGACGUCAAGAUGACCAACCAGCUCGCCUUGUGGACAUUUCGGAGCAUAGAGUUUUUGCUCAAAGAAGAGUUCAAACUGUUUGGCGCGGCCUCCAUCAGUCUUCCGCUAAAGACUGCUUGUGAGGUGUUGAAGGCGUUUGGUGGGAAUGAUCCGGAAAUGGUGUUUUGGUUUUGCCGUGUGUCACGGUUUAUCAAGGAAACGGGCUAUUAUUUUCUGAUACAGAUGCUUGAUGAUGGCGAAUAA